AUGAACACUGCCCAUAAUUCCAUGCGACUUUCCUCGCCUACCGAGUUGAAUACACUCCGCAACAUAUAUACCAUUUGUUGUAUACUUCGCGCUAUUAUACUAUGUGACUUACUGCAGUUCCACGAAGCCAUCUCGUCGCUGGACCACGCCAUCAUCAUCGCAGGAGCACCUGGAAAACUUGAUCUCAUUCUGCAUUUGAUUCGUGGUAUCCAAGCAAAAAUAGGUCAGGAGACCGCGUUUAGAGCCUCAGGCGUUUCGGUUCAGAAAUGCGACUACUUCAAAACCAACUACAAAGAAGACACAGUUCCCAGCAUCGUUCCUCCCUCCUUUUUGUCCUUCCAGUUAGUGUCAUCGAAAUCACCUUUUAUUUUGCGCGAUUAUGCUCGCGAUUGGCCCGCAAUGGAAGAACGGCCCUGGCGAUCUGCAGCUUAUCUUCGGUCAAUAUCCGGCCCUGGGCGUGUCGUACCUGUGGAGAUAGGUGAUGAUUAUCGAUCUGAGAACUGGAAACAAAAAAUCAUGCCUUGGGACGAAUUUUUGUCGACGUUGAAUCUCGAGGAUCAACCUACCUCAGAUUUCUCUGACUACCCGCAAUAUCGUCAACCUGUCAGCGAAGACAACCUUCUGUUUAAUACAUGGCUGGGCCCUGAGGGAACGAUGUCACCCGCGCAUACGGUACGUGAUCACAAACAUGAUUUGGCGUUGGCGCAAUUCAGAGGCGAUGCAAUAUAG